GGCAGCAGGCAGUCAACAAGCGCAGGCAUGAAAGCCUGCUGUGACAGAGAAAGCCUUUAACAACAGCCAAUUUGGGUAGCAAGCAAUGCUUAGACAAGUCAGUCGCUUAGUAGCCGUGAAAGCGAGCGAACGCGUCGCGAAAAAAACGCUCGUACUUUGAAACGCUUGUCAAUUUGUGAAGUGUUAUGUAGUGUUUGUGUGCUUUGUUGUGAAAAAGUCAGCAGGAAGUAAAUAAGUAACUACCAAACAGUAUUGCGAGCAAGAAGAAGCACAGUAAAAAUAAAACUGAAAGGAUAUAUGAAGUUGAGCGAGUAAAUUAAUAUACAUUUUUUGGAAAAUUACUAUAAUUAUUAGAAGUAGGAUAUGAAGGAUAAAUGUGUGAAUUGAACACACAUCGCUUGGUAGGCAAUUGCAAGGCGUUUGCAUAUUUGAAAUACUGAAUAUUUUGCUUACCCAGAAACGCUAUUUAGGUCAAAACGAACUGGACCACGAAAGGAAACCAAAGAGUUGGCAAAAAAAAACAUGAAUUCAAAGCAUAUACAUACAUAUGUAAAGCAAGGAAUAACAAAGUACGAGUACGAAAGUAAUAUUAACACUUUGCACAGGAAGUAAAUGUUAAGGUACUACAACAAAUGCAGCCAACAACAAAACUACAAAGCACGUAUACGUUCGAAUUGAUUGAGCGAUAAAAGCGCGAACUGACAGUUAAAUGAAAUGUCAAAACUUAAUUAAACAUAAAAUCAAUAAGUAGUGGAAGUAGGCGCGUGGCAGUCAAACAACAAAAACAACAAGCGAAUAAGAAGACGAAGCAGGAGACGUAGCAGAGGCAAGGAAACGGCCGUAACGCGUUAUUGAUGGCCCGCAGCGCAGCAGCGCACUACAAAGCAGCUUCACAAGCGUUUCGAUUGAAUUCGAUUUUUUGUAUGUCAAUGGAAAAAGCUAAAAUUGAAGUAAAUAGCAACAACAGCAAUAAAAAUGUAAAGUUAAAUAGUGUGUAAUUGUUUAUUAUAAAUAUUUAUAAACAAAAAUAGAAACAAAAACAGCAAAACAACAACAAUAAUGCAAGCGAAAAGCAGUGAAAAUCGUUGGUGUUAAAUUUUGAAAUUAAAUUUUGAAAAAAAAACGCGUGUGUAAUAUAAAAAAGUGCAAAAUUUUCGAAAACACACCAACAACUACAAUUUUGGCGAAUAAAACUGAAGGACGCAGCUACUUGGAACGCUGCUGUAACAUAGGAAAAUACAAAACAAAAAGAAUAUAUGCAAAGCAGAAAUUCUAAAAUUCUUUCCGAAAUGCAACAAUAAUAAUUUCUUGAACUACAACAAAAAUACUAGUAAAUCUGUAAAAUAUUACAGAGCUGGUGAGGUUUAUAAAGUUUAUAAAGUACUGAAAAGGAACUGCGCCCUUUAUACACAGAAAUUGCUUACUUUAGGCAACGCUGAAAAUAAAGACAACAAAAAUACAUUGGCUUGCAUUAUAAACAACAAAAACAAAACGUCGACACCAACAAACAGCGCAACAAACUGCAAAAGCAGUAAAAACUGUUUGAAAAGAGCCCGAGCAGCAGCAGCUGUUUCCCACUGAAAGCUUUGCAUUUUCAAAUUUGUAGCACACGCAGGCUUACUAAAAUAGGAAAAAAAAAUUAUAAAAAAACCCUAUUAACAGUGCAAUUUAACAGCAGCCAAGACGCAAGCGCGAACCAACCGUUUUGUGUAGGUUGUAACUGAACAAAAUUUGCAUUCCGCUGCCAGUGUUAGCGCUGGAAGAUGGAAGCCACCCCGAAGGUGCAUCGUCAUCGUCACCGACGUUCGGAUUCGCGUCAUCAUCGGCACGAGCGUCAGAGCCAAAAUAGCAGCAGCAACAGUAAUAAUAGUAAUAAUAGCAACAAUACCAAUGGCGGCAGCGGCAACGGCAGUCGUGGCGGCCAACAGCCGAGACAGAGCAAUAAUAGUGCAACAACAACGACGACGACGAUAGUGACAACACCACUACAAGCAGCGGAUGCGUUAACUAACACGACAACGACAAAUACGACAGUCGCGUCGAGGACGAGAACGCAACACGACGCAACAGCCGAGCAGCUGCAACAGUCGUCAACACAAGAGCAAACGCAUUCAAACGCAAUUCAAUCGCCAGUGCGUGAGCGUCGUGGUCAGGCGCGGUCUAACAGAGCACAAACCGGUGCACAGGAAUUAGCCGCUAACGCCACCGCUACCACCGCUGCAGCACAAACUUCAACCACAACCAUUGAGAUCCCAACCGCACCGGUUGUUGAGGACCGCAGCGAGGAUGGCACGUACGAUGAGACAACAGCAAUCUGUGCUAAUGUGAUUGUCACCACAGUGCAUGAACGACGUACACACUCCACGGAUACGUUGGAUCCGUUGGGCACAACCUCUUUGAGUCAGUCGACUACAUCGCAACAAACUGUGCUGCUGGUGAAUGGUCAUUCUCCGCCACCGCAAGAGGAUGAAGAACAGGAGCCCACUGCAAACGGUGAAAACCCAGCUAUGAUAGUGUGUGGCACAAAUGCGGACGUUGGCGGUGUGUCGGCGAAAGAAGAGGGCGCCACGCAACUCGAGUCUCCCACUGCACCGAAUCCUAAUGGCGGCGGUGCGGGCAGCAGUCGCAACUCCUCUGGCGAUGCAUUGAGUUUACGUGAGACGCUGCAACAGCUACCGCCUACGGUGACACACGGACAUCGUCAUCGUCGAACACAUUCACCACAAUCGCCGGCGCGGCGUACACAAGAGGUGGACGCUUCGUUUCAUCGUGGCAUAUUGGGUUUCAUGGAUCGUGAAUUGAAGCACAGCUCACCAACGCCAUCGGCAUUAAGUGUGGGUAGCGGCAGUGCAGCAAGCGGUGGUGGUGCUGGCGGUAGCGGUACAGUGCGUAAGUUGCAGUCGCUAUCCGAUCCACAGGCGAGUCCCGCCCAACGUUCGGUACGUUCGCGCAGUAGUCUGGAGAAGAGUCCGCGUCGUAAGCGUAGCAAAUCAGAAUCGCGUAGGCGGCGUGAACGCAAACUAAUCGCUGCUGGUGAGCUGGAAGUGCGACAGGCGAACGAGACUUUGAUGCGCUAUCUGAAGCAAUGUUCGGAAAUGAAUGACGCUUCGUUGUCAGGAGAGUUGGAAAUCGAUCAGAACUAUGAUGAGCGGAGAGUGCAUCGGAAGACGAAAUCACAACGGGAUAAGCGUGGGCAUUUGAUAAGCAAACUUUACUCAGCUGGCGGUCUCACCUCCAUAUUACGUGAGCUUUCCGAUGACAUUGUACCCGCAGAGGGUGAGGAAAUCUACAAUCCAUUCACACCGGUUGUCUCCCCCACCGAGGAUACGCCCGCACACAUUGACAAAAUGUUCCUGCAGACGUCAUCGGGAUAUCGACCAGUUGAGCACUGCUAUUAUAAACAUUCGUUUGUGGGUGUGGGCGGCGGUGGCGCUGCUGCCAAUGGUAGUGGUGGCGCAGGCGGUGGCGUUGGCAGUGGACGCGGCGGUGGUGGUGUGCAUCGUUUGUCUGCCGCGGGCGGCAGCUUGACUGGCGGUUUGGAGCAUGCAGGCAUGUUACGGGCGAGUAGCAGUUUCGGCGAUACGCGUUGCUUACUAGAUGCCGAGUGUGGAAGGCAUCAUCGUGAGAUCACGUCGAAUAUACAAUUGGCCUGCGUCAUUCAACGAAUUUGGAUACUCAUCUCGAAUAUCUGCCAUGGUUUGCUAGCUGGCCUAGCACUGGCACAUUUGUUGUUCGUGUUGAGCAGCCAUCCCGUCGAUUGGUCCCGUUUUAUCAGUCUUGCGGGCGAGACUGUAACUCAAGCGACACAAGAAGCAGACGCAACAACAGUCGAUUCAGCUAUGGUGAAUGGUGAUGGUGUUGGUGUCGGUGUUGGUGUUGAUAAAUCUAUGUUAACUGACACGCAGCAAAAUUUCAGCUUCGUGAAGGAUUAUGCUACAUUCGCUGAGAUUUAUCUGAAUACAUUCUAUUGUUUGGCAAUUGUAUGCAUGGUUUCGGUUUUUGAUCGCAUGGACAUUUGCCGUUGGGACUUCAGCAAUGCCACCGAAUUCAUUUCAUUUCGUUGGCUAAUCAUUGCAAUGAUUUAUAUAGCGACAAUAAUAUUAACGAUAUGCUCCGAUUCGAUUGAUGAACGACUCUAUUACAACAACAAUGCUAAUGUGACGCUAACACAAGAAGAAAUGUAUAGCAACAGCGUAUUGAGUGUUUGGAGUAGUUUAUCGGUUACGCGCAGCAUUGGCGCCAUCUGUGGUUGGAUAAUGAUCGGUUUGACGCCGCAUGAGGAUCUAUUCUACGAGCAUCUGCUGGAUCUAACCAAAUACCAAGUGAUAAAUAAUUGAAUGUAAGGCAAGGCGUCUAUGAAGGAAAUAUGGCAAGGUGCGCAUAUGCUAAAGGAGAAAAUCAUCAAUAAAAACAAAAAAAGAAACAGUUACGUAGAUAAAUAAUAAAUUGUACAGUUAGGUUAAAACAAAGUAAAACUAUUUAUGCAAUAUGUAUAUAUAUAUAUCUCCUAAAACCAACAACAAUUAUGUGUCACUAAACAAAACAAAAUUAAAGCAAUGUGUAAGUGUUGCAAGGCUUUCUUGAAGAAAGCAAAUAACUGAGCAUAUGCAAGAGUGAGUAAAAAA